AGGGUGGCGGUUGUAUAUAAAGCAAAACACUACUUGACAAUAGUGUAUAUGUCUGUACACAACGUGAACAGACUACAUAGCAACGAAUCCACUACAGGUCUGGAUAGCCUAUCAGCUACCCGAGACAAUACUAAGAAGGAAAAGGCAACAUGUCACAAUACUACCCCUGCGUCGUUUGUGGUAAUGAGGCCGGCCUCAUAUGUCCUUGUGAAAACAGAACAUACUGCACGCGCGAAUGUCAGGUAUAUGACUGGGGCAAAACGCACUUUAGAGUGUGCACGAUGCGUUCUAACAUUCAAUCCAGAGAGAAGUCUGAGGGUUCCGUCAACAUCCCCGCCCAGGCGAAAUCGAGAAGCACGCUAAGUAAGAACUUCAACAAACAAUCGCUGUCAAAGGAUAAGGACACCAGGAGAGCCUCGACAGCGCCUUACACGCCGUCUGACUAUAGUGCUUUUGCACACAGGCCAAAGGAAUCUCACCGCAGCCACGUGUACAGCACUCCUGGGUACAGACGUGGCCGCUCAGACUCCAUUGACAGCCUGUCAGGGCCACUGAUUGAGUUUUCGGGUAUGACAUUAGAUGCUAGGAGAAGGGCUAGUGAGCAUCGCAUGCUAUCUCCGGAUGCGAUGAGCAAGAAGGAGACGCGACGAGGUCGAUCAUCUACAUCCAACUUGACCUCGGCGUCCAUGCAUCGGAGCGAUAGUCGCAGUUCGUAUGCCAGUCCUGCAGGCUUGGAUGCUGACCAGCAAGUUGAUAUAGAGUCCACCAAGGCUAACGUAUUGGCCCCUGAGAAUGUGCACGAGUACCGGAACACACCAGGAGCACAGCAUGAGAGCAAGAACCGCACGGUGAGAAGCUAUUCUUACCACAGCGCAAAGGGCAGCAAUGUACCAUUGUACCGACGCGAUAGUGCCUUCAGCUUAGCAUCAUACACCAACAAGGGGGCUGAUGUACCCACGCAGGGAUCCCAAUCGUCCAUGUCAUCGCAUUCAAUUGACAGCCUAAUAGGCAAGUCUGAGGAUGGCAACAGAUACGACGGCAGCGGUUUUAUUGCACUCCCUGAGCCUCGGCCAAGAAGCGCUAGUUCGCUGAGCCGAAGUGCUACCUACUCAUCAGUGCCUCGUACACAACAGCACACCCAUCGACGCUACUCUAAGCAUCUGGCUAUGGCUAAGCGGGACAGUGGCGUGUCCUUGGAGGACGAAUACAGACCAGUCACGCGCAUGGGUUCAUCGGCCGAGUGGUCAAGGCCGGCCGAAGCGGAUAGUGUACAAUACGGACCCCGUUCCAUGCCACGCGGCUAUGAGAAUAUGUGUAUGCUCACACGCCGACACACAGAACCCAGCCAUGUGUUACAUGCACGUGAGCGCAAGCUAUACGCGGCGUCUAAACCCAUUGCAGAAUCUGAGGCCCACUCCGAGGACGAAGAGAUUGAAGUGGAGCUGUUGGACGAGUCUCGGCCCAAGGCCAGCGCUCGGGAGUUCCACAGAGCAAUUGCUUACAAACCUAGUAUUGACCUGUCUGGCCCAGGCAGACCGAGAGUCGACCACCACCGCAUGGCCACCACGGGCGUGGACUCAGUUGACAAUCGACUGUACCUGGACCCGGAUUCUCGCAGAUACCCUUGUCAGUGGAAGGGAUGCGGAAAGCGGUUUGUGAGACGGGGACAUAUGCAGAGUCAUAUGCGCACGCACACUGGCGAGAAGCCAUUUGCCUGUACGUGGGAAGGCUGUACCUCUCGCUUUGGCCAGAUGGGAGAUCUCGGACGGCACAUGAUCACGCACACUGGAGAACGCCCGUACCCAUGCACGUGGCCAGGCUGUGAGAAGCGCUUCACCACCAACCAGAGCAAGAACAGACACUACCGAAUUCACACUAACACGAAGAAACUACACUAUUGUGUGUGGCAAGAUUGUGAGGCACAAUUUACCACCAAGAGUGGACUUAAAUUGCACCAGCGCAACCAUACGGUUGCUGAAGUGGCGAAACGCAUACCGGCCAAGAUACUGCCUGCGGUACCCCGCAAAAGUGCAGAAAAGAAGGAUGAAGUCACCACAAGAGUGGUAAACGAAUUCACUACUGGGGAAAAGAAUGAAGAGGACCAGUACAGCCAGGGGGAGGCAUCCAAGCAAGAAAUUUUGCAAAGACCUAUGGUGAGUGCGUAGUCACCGAAGGGGCAACGGGGAAUGAUAUAUAUUUUAAAUAAGUCCGAUAGCGUACCCUACUAUUGAGAUAGAUGUAUACUAUGACUUGCUAUGGACAACACAGCCAUCACGAAACAAAUAGUAUAUAUGAACGAAACAACUCCGACAGAAUAACAAGCGGUCGAUACUACCGAGACUGCCUUACAAAUGAAUUAUGAGAUAAGCGGAUAGGAAAUGAUAUAGAUUGCCGUAAACAAAUGAAAUAUAAAAUAAGCGGAUAGGAGAAAAUGAUAUAACUUCCCGAUAAUCAACGAUGGUAAUAAUACAUGUACAGAGAACAAGAGCAGCGCCCUAUGAAUAGAGACAGUUCUUAAAGAAAUAAAAAAAAAUUUAAACGACA